AUGCCGUUAUCACGAACCGUUAUGCAUAAAUUGCAAUUUGCUCGUGGUAUCGGACAACGCGAAAUGAUUCGCGCCAAUACGCUACCCAGUAUCACUAGGGCCAAGGUCGGUUGCUUCGCCAGAUUACGAAUUUACGAGGAAAAUGCUCGAUUUAUCCUCAUCUCAUUGCUGUUAGUACUCUACCUCAUGCUCGGUGCCUUACUAUUCAAUCACGUCGAACGGGAAAAUGAAAUUGAGGAGCGGCGACAGUACGAACUCGCACUGUCAAAAUAUCGACGGCGAUACUGUAGGAACUCGUCCGUUGCGUGCGAUUUCGACGAACUCGUCUCGUUCAUUCGCGGUGCGACCGCGAACGGCAUCGCGUCGUCGCGUGAACGUUUCGACUAUCUCGGCUCGUUGUUCUUCUCAGCUACAGUAAUUUCAACCAUAGGUUUCGGAUCAUCAACCCCGCGAACCACCUACGGACGAGUUUUGACGAUAGUCUAUGGUGUAGUCGGUUGUACAAGUUGUGUACUAUUUUUCAACCUCUUUCUGGAACGAUUCGUGACCGCAUUGUCGUAUUUUUUGAGGCAUUUCCAUGAGAAGAAGAUUCAACGGCGGAUGAUGAAAAAUAGUGGCACUAGCAAACCAGUCACGUUACUAAUCAAUAAUGAAGAUUAUUGUGAAUCGGCAAGCUCCUGCGAUGGUCCCAAUGAUGGUUGGCGACCUUCAGUGUACAAAGUGUUCUUCUGCCUGUUCAGUAUCUCAGCGUUAUUGAUUAGCUCAGCCGCUCUUGUAUACUCACAUGCUGAAGGUUGGGGAUUUGUUGAAGCGCUAUACUUCUGUUUCAUCAGUUUUGCAACCAUUGGAUUUGGUGACUAUGUAUCGAAUCAAAGAGAUAUAGUAAAUAUGAACAAGGAUUUCUAUAGAUUUCUCAACUUCAUAUUGCUCACACUAGGCGCUUGUUGUUUCUACUGCCUUUUCAAUGUGUCUUCCAUUGUUGUAAGGCAACUCUUGAACUUUAUGAUCAAGAAAAUGGAUGUGAAGGGUACGAUCUGUUGUCUGAAGAAGAAGCGACGAUACAUGGGAUUAGGAUUGCGACCACCAAAAGGAUAUGAUCAAGCUUCGGAAAGAUCAUCGAUCGAUUAUCAAGAUGGACUGCUAUCGCUGAAAGAGUUCCUUAUGAACAACCAAAGCUCCGUCCUUCUCCUCCAAAAACAACUCAUCAAAAGCGCUAUGAAAAAUGUCAAGGAAAAUGAGGAGCAGAAAAUCUCGGCCACCCGAGUUGGGCCAAUGGGAAUAUUGGAUCAAGCAUUCGGAGAUGAGAAUUAG